AUGGCUGAAGAAAAGUCUCUCAACGACCCAUCCGUCCCUGGCAGCGAUUCAGGCCAACAAGAAGGGGGAGUCCCGCCUGUCGACCAUGUGGAACGAAUCAAGACAGCAGAGAAAGUCGAAGGACACCCUGGAUACUAUGAGAAGGAUGGCCUUCGGACUUAUGGCGACGGCGUGGAUCACGAUCAUGAACCUCCUUGGACGGUUCGACGGAUCUUGAGUCUGGUGGCCAUGGCUUUCCUGUGGACCGGUUCACAAAUCCCAACCUAUUUCAUGGGCGCAAUCCCCCCUCUCAUUUACAGAGACAUCGGAGGCGUGCACAACUGGACCUGGUAUAUUCUGGCCUACCUGCUCGCUCUUGCAGCCGUGUGUCCGUUUGUCGGCUCGCUUUCGGACCUACUUGGCCGAAGGUAUGUUGCAUUGUUAGGGUCAGGGUUUUUGGUGAUUGCCAUGAUCAUUUGCGGCACAGCUCAGGGCAUGCACCAGUUCAUUGCUGGCAUGGCAGUAUCCGGCGCCGGGGCAGGGAUUUGCGAACUGACCUGUCUUGCUGGCACGGCGGAACUGGCGCCGACUCGUAAACGCGGCCAGUACGUGGCUAUUCUCGUGGCGACCAUCAUUCCAUUCUGUCCUUCGGCGCUGUAUGCCCAAGUCAUUGCCGGCUAUUCCUCCUGGAGAUACUGCUGUCUAGUGUGCGGAGUCUGGGCCCUGAUCGGCCUCGUCGGGGUUCUUGUCUUCUACUUCCCUCCUCCACGGCCGAACUCGCGCGGACUGACCAAACGAGAAAUCAUCGGCGAGAUCGAUUUCGUCGGAGGCUUCCUCAGUAUCUCCGGCAGCAUCAUCUUCCUGGCCGGGCUUGAAUGGGGAGGCUACCAGUACGACUGGGAGAGCGCGCAUGUGUUGGCCCCGUUGAUCAUUGGGUUUUUCUUGUUGUUUGUCGCCUUCCCGAUCUGGGAGAUCAAAUUCGCAAAGUUCCCCAUGUUUCCGUCGCGAAUGAAGAAGGAGGCGCGCGUGCUGACGCUGACGCUGAUCAUCACCGCCAUCUCCGGCGCCAAUUUCUUCUGUAUCCUCAUGUUUUGGCCUACCCAGGCAUUCAACGUCUACGGGCAUGAUCCGGUUGGGGUCGGCGUCAGGACUCUGCCCGUCGCAUUUGCCAUCCUUGGAGGCUGUGUGAUUGUGCUAGCACUAUUGUCACUGCUGCGAGGCCACAUCCGCGAGUUACUCCUCGUGUCUUCCAUCUUGAUGACGGCCGGGAGCGGGUCGCUGGCCGUGGCGAAUCCGCACAACAUCCACCAGGUGUACGGGAUCCUGGUGGUGGCGGGCCUUGGGAUCGGCGGCAUUGUGGUUCCCGCGUCCAUCAUCACCACCAUCAUCUGCCCGGACGACAUCAUCGCGACCGUGACGGCCCUGACCAUGUCGGUGAGGGUGUUGGGCGGCGGCACCGGCUACACCAUCUACUACAACGUCUUUGUCAACAAGUUCAAGAAAAAGGUUCUCGCCGACGUCGGCGGCAUCAUGGUCGGCGAGAUGGGUUUCACCAAUCCCUACGACGUCCUGGCUGCCAUCGGCGCCACCGCCUCGUCGUUGCUCGAGGACCUGCACCAGAUCCCGGGAAUCGCCGGCAACGAGACCGCCUAUCAGCUCGUCGUCGCCGCCGGCCAGACCGCCUUUGCCGACAGUUACAAGUGGGUCUAUCUGGUGUCCAUCGCCUUUGGCGGCGUCGCCAUCAUCUGCUCCUUGUUCCUCGGCAAUAUCGACAAAUACAUGGACGACCACGUCGCCGUAGUCAUGUAG